ACUCAUACAUUUCGAGAUUGUUAUUGUUUUGUUAAGUUUUUUUACAAAUUAUGUGAAAUAUAGUUAGCUAAUAUGAAAAGAGUUUGACUUGUAAAAAGGUUUGUUUAUUCAAUAACGUAUCCAGUAAAAUUAAUUAACAGUGAUUUCUAAUCAUCUUAUAUAUGUUUGACACACUUUUUUAAUGCCUGCUUUUGUGGAAAAAAACAGCUUUACUGUUCUCACACAGUAAUCACACGGCUUAUUUGUAGGUUUUCCGGAACAUAGAUUUGAAAGUUAAAAAUGGCUGAAUCGAAAGGAAAUGAUUCUUCCUCUAAAAAUCAGAAGAUGAAAUCUUUUAAUAUAUAUCCUGUAGGAGUUAAAGGUCCUAAACCACCAGAAGUAGACAAAUCUAAAGUUCCCAAACUUAAAUGCUCUGAAGAAGAAAAAGCUGCAGCUGAAGUCUAUGAAGAAUUUUUGGCAUCAUUUGAUGAACCAGUAAAACAUGGCAAACUUUUUGUUAGAGGAACUGUCAUUAAUGCAGGUUCUGGAGAAGAGAAGCCUACUGUUCAAACUGGAAAAUUAUAUAAGCCCCCAAAAAUAGCAGAAAAUAUUAAAAAACCUGAAGAAAAACCAGAAACUGCAAAAGAAAAAGCAGAAAGAAUAGAACGUCAGAAUAAGAAAAAGGAGAAAGAGAAAAAGAAAAGCAAUCUUGAAUUAUUUAAAGAAGAACUGCGGAUGAUUCAAGAGGAAAGAGAAGAAAGACAUCGGCUGAAAAACAUUGUUAAGGAGCAAGUUAAAGUUGGCCGACCUGUUGAGCCUGUUGAAACACAAAUUAGACUGGCUGAUGAUUACCGGUAUCCUUCAUAUGGAUCAUAUGAUACUGGAGAUCCUAGUACAACUAAUCUUUAUUUAGGAAACUUAAAUCCAAAGAUGACAGAACAGCAAUUAUGUGAAGUAUUUGGCAGAUUUGGUCCCCUUGCUAGUGUUAAAAUUAUGUGGCCCCGUUCUGAUGAAGAGAGAGCAAGGGGGAGAAAUUGUGGUUUUGUUGCAUUUAUGAACAGAAAAGAUGGAGAAAGAGCCAUGAAAAACUUGAAUGGAAAAGACAUCAUGAGUUUUGAAAUGAAACUUGGUUGGGGUAAAGCUGUACCUAUACCUCCCCAUCCUAUUUAUAUUCCUCCUGCAAUGGUUGAGUUCACUCUCCCACCACCACCAUCUGGUCUACCAUUUAAUGCUCAAUUAGAUAAAAAAGAUCGUCAUAAACUUUGGCCUGGAGAGCCAGAAACUAAAGAGUCUUUUGAGAAGCUUUUAGCGAAUGCUGUUGUCAAAGUGGUAAUCCCUACCGAAAGGAGUUUAUUGUGCCUCAUUCACCGUAUGAUCGAAUUUGUUGUUCGUGAAGGACCAAUGUUUGAGGCAAUGAUAAUGAAUCGUGAAAUAAAUAAUCCUAUGUUCAGGUUUCUCUUUGAUAAUCAGAGUCCGGCUCAUGUGUAUUACAGGUGGCGUCUGUAUUCUAUUUUAAAAGGGGAUCAUCCUAGCAAAUGGCAUACUGAUGAAUUUCUUAUGUUUAAAGAGGGCUCUUUUUGGAGACCACCUCCUCUUAAUCCUUUCCACCUAGGUAUGCCUGAGGAACUUGUGGAAGUUCCUCCGCCUCCCAUAACCAGACCCAUUGAACCUAAAAAAGGAUCAUUAUCUGAUACACAACGUGAGAAGUUUGAAGAUUUAUUACGUGGUAUCACUCCUGAGAAAUUCAAGAUUGCAGAUGCUAUGAUCUAUUGUAUUGAGCAUGCUGAAGCUGCUGAAGAAAUAAUUGAUUGCAUUGGAGAAGCCAUUGCUACGCCUGAAGCCCCAUUAUAUAAAAAAAUUGGUAGAUUAUAUCUCAUUUCAGAUGUGUUGCACAACUGUAGUGUCAAAGUUGCUAAUGCAUCAUUUUAUAGAAAAGGAUUUCAAGCUAAACUACCAGACAUUUUUAAAGACCUUCAUGAAACUUUUCAAAGUAUAGAAGGACGCUUGAAAGCUGAACAAUUUAAGCAAAGAGUAGUGAGCUGUUUUAGAGCUUGGGAAGACUGGGCAAUUUAUCCAAGUGAAUUUCUUAUCAAAUUACAAAAUCUAUUCCUUGGCCUUGUUCCAUUAUCACGUGACAUGAAUGAAGAUAGCAAUUCACCUCAACCAGGACAAAUGGCUCCUACUGAUACUGAAGUACAAUCUUCUGAUGAUAUUGAUGGUGUGCCUUUAUCUGUUGAUGAUAUAGAUGGCGUUCCAUUAGAUGGUUCUUUAGUUGAAGACCGAGAUGAUAUAGACGGUGUUCCUUUAAAUGACGACUUAGAUGGUCAACCAUUAGAAGACAUUCCUCAAGAUAUGGAGGAUAUAUCAUCCAAGUUUAAACCCUCAAAAUGGGAAACUGUUGAUCCUGAAACUGUAGAAGCACAAGCUAUUACUACCUCAAAAUGGGAUCUGUUAGAACAGAAUGAAGAACAUGAACAUGUUGAUGAUAUUGAUGGACAGCCUAUGGAUGAUACUGCGUCAACAGUUGAUGACAUGUCCUACCAAGAUGAAGAAAAUAGUAAAGAUUCUUCUACUAUAAUAGAGCAAUUGAAAACUGACAUUAAUGAAGAAAGAAGGGCAAAAUUAAGAGAAGUAGAGGUCAAAGUUAUGAAAUAUCAAGAUGAGUUGGAGUCUGGCAGACGAUCUAGAAAACCAAAUAUGAAAUUUUAUGAGCAGGUUGAGCACUAUCGUCAAAAAUUAUUGAAAAGAAUUGAACGUGAAAAUAAGUCUGAUCGAGAAGGAUGUGAGAAGCAUAAGCGUCACAAAACUCAUUCACCUGCUAUUGUUGAGGCUACACUUGAUUCUUCAGAUGAAGCAGAUCACAGUCAAAGUCCUAGUUAUUACUCAUCAGUUCGUAAAAUUAGUCCACGCAGUGUUGCAUUCACGCCUGGAGAUAAUAUACAUUCCCCACACAAAUCUUAUAGAUCAUAUUCUCCGAAGAAAACGCGGAGAUCUAGAAGCCGAAGUCCCAAAAGAUCCAGACGCUCAAGAUCGAAGUCACCAUAUAAGCGAAGACUUUCACCAGAUUCACCUCCUGCUCGUAAACACAAAUCCAAAAAAAGUAGACACUGAACAUUAUGUUUUUUCCUACUUUGAAUGUCAUUGUGUGCUUUUAAAUCACAUUAACUGAGAGCAUAAACUUCUCACCAUUAGAAAUUACUCUUGCCUGAAACUGUGUACAAAAGCUCUAAAUGCAUUAUUUAAUAAGAUAUUUGCUUCAAGAUUUAUUGAAUUACUUUAUUUAUAGUCAUAAAUAUUUGCAAAAAUUAAGCUUUAUUAUGAAAAUAGAUGAAUCUUAAUUUAUUUGUUAUAUUUUGAAAACACAAAAAGAUAUUUUUUAUACCUAAUUUCUUGUAUAAAAUGGUUUCUCUUUUGUUUUGCAUUUGUAUGGGAUUUCAAUUUCUGUCAUUAAGAUUAUGUGACACCGAGUCAAAAGAAAAUGUAACGUUGCAGCAUACAUUGUUUUAUUGUGUACCAUUUUAAACCAACAUUUUAUAAUAAAAGAUCUUGUUGAAAAUGCUAAAA